CUCUUAUCCUCCUCCCCCUCUCCCGGAUCUUCACGAUUCAUCUCCUUCUUCCUCGAGGAAUCGAAUAGCUAGCCUUCGAUUCAUCGCCGAAAGGUCCGGACUUUGGCGAAAAGAUAUGGAACCACAAACUUCUCAUUCCACACAGAUCAUUGAUAUAAGCAUAGAUAAGUCAGGGGAUGAGCCUAGCAUAACAUGUAACAAGAUAUGCGGCGGCACUACAUGUGGCUUCUCCAAUUCCACAAACUCAAAAGAUGCUGAAGAACGAUUUGCUUCUAUGCGCAAGCUUUUGAUCGCUGUCAUUUUGUGCAUCAUUUUCAUGGCCGUAGAAGUGGUUGGAGGGAUCAAAGCGAACAGUCUUGCGAUUCUCACAGAUGCCACACAUCUCCUUUCGGACGUCGCAGCCUUUGCCAUCUCCCUGUUCUCCAUCUGGGCAUCGGGGUGGGAAGCAACACCGCGCCAGUCGUAUGGAUUUUUUCGAAUUGAAAUCCUCGGGGCUCUAGUGUCAAUCCAACUUAUAUGGCUCUUGACUGGCAUCCUAGUCUACGAAGCUAUUGCCAGACUUAUCCAUGACACCGGCGAAGUGCAAGGUAUCUUGAUGUUUGGCGUAGCGGCAUUUGGUUUGCUUGUUAAUAUCAUUAUGGCUGUUUUGCUUGGGCAUGAGCACGGACAUAACCAUAGCCAUGGUCGCCAUGAGGACAGCCACAAUGAGCAUGGUCAUGACCACAGCCAUUGUGACAACCACUCGGCGGAUGACCACAGUGCCCGAGCGGAUUCAGGAGAUGAGGACCAGUUGGAUCGGCUAUUGCACGAGUCAGAUGAGGCCCUAAUCCAUGCAAAGCACAGCAAAGACAAAACACGAAAUAUCAAUGUGCACGGUGCCUACCUUCAUGUUCUCGGCGACUCCAUUCAGAGUGUAGGUGUGAUGAUCGGUGGCGCCAUCAUAUGGUGGAAGCCCGAGUGGAAGACGAUCGACAUGGCAUGCACACUUUUCUUCUCGGUCAUCGUUCUAAUCACAACCAUCAAGAUGCUAAGGGACGUACUUGAGGUCUUGAUGGAGAGCACACCGCGCCAAAUAGAUGCGACCAAACUUGAAACAGGGCUUUGUCAGCUGGAUGGUGUCGUCGCCAUUCAUGAGUUGCACGUUUGGGCCAUUACGGUAGGGAAGGUUCUUCUCGCAUGCCAUGUGACGAUCGCCCCGGAGGCGGAUGCGGAUCUUGUUCUUGAUAUGGUGAUCGGAUACAUCAAGCGGGAGUACAAUAUUAGUCAUGUAACCAUUCAAAUAGAAAGGCAGUAGAUGUAGUUUUGGACAAGGGCCACU